GUCUAGGGCGCCUGGCGCGACGCUAAGGGGCGAAGACGCCCCUGGAAGCUACUGCUUUCUUCAGCAAGUGUUCGAAGGGACAGGAGGAGGAAAGAAGGUAGAUAGAGGACAGCCAGUGUGCAUUCCAACCCUCCGCACUUUGUCACUGUACUGUUGGGUUUCAGGAGUGACAGAAAAUUAAGACUACUACUUUUACUGCUUGGGUUGAGCCAGAGGCAGGACCGAGAAACCCAGGAGCUGAGGUAUGGAGCUACUGUCGCCGCCACUCCGGGACGUAGACUUGACAGGCCCCGACGGCUCUCUCUGCUCCUUUGCCACAGCCGACGACUUCUAUGAUGAUCCGUGUUUCGACUCACCCGACCUGCGCUUUUUUGAGGACCUGGACCCGCGCCUGAUGCACGUGGGUGCCCUCCUGAAACCGGAGGAACACGCACACUUCCCCACCACUGUGCACCCAGGCCCAAGCGCUCGGGAGGAUGAGCAUGUGCGCGCGCCCAGUGGGCACCACCAGGCGGGUCGCUGCUUGCUGUGGGCCUGCAAGGCGUGCAAGCGCAAGACCACCAACGCUGAUCGCCGCAAGGCCGCCACCAUGCGUGAGCGGCGCCGCCUGAGCAAAGUGAACGAGGCCUUCGAGACCCUCAAGCGCUGCACGUCCAGCAACCCGAACCAGCGGUUACCCAAGGUGGAGAUCCUGCGCAACGCCAUCCGCUACAUCGAAGGCUUGCAAGCGCUACUGCGCGACCAGGACACCGCGCCCCCUGGCGCCGCUGCCUUCUACUCGCCUGGCCCGCUGCCCCCGGGCCGCGGCAGCGAGCACUACAGUGGCGACUCGGAUGCUUCCAGCCCGCGCUCCAACUGCUCCGACGGCAUGAUGGAUUACAGCGGCCCCCCGAGCGGCCCCCGGCGACAGAGUGGCUAUGAGGGCGCCUACUAUAGCGACGCGUCCAGCGAGCCCAGGCCAGGGAAGAGUGCGGCUGUGUCGAGCCUCCACUGCCUGUCCAGCAUUGUGGAGCGCAUCUCUACAGACAGCCCCUCUGCGCCUGCGCUGGUCCUGGCAGAUGCGCCACCAGAGUCGCCUCCGGGCCCUCCAGAAAGGGCAUCCCCAAGCGAUGCGGAACAGGGGACUCAGACCCCGUCCCCCAGCGCCACCCCUCAGUGUUCUGCGGGCUCAAACCCCAACCCGAUCUACCAGGUGCUUUAAGAGGUCAGCUGCUGCAGCAGAGGGACGCCAUCUGCACUCCCGGGCAUGGGAUGGUGUCCUUGGGUCCUUCACACCCAAAAGGCAAAGCUUAAAAACUACACUCCUCCCGACUGCCCUUUUUGAAGCCAUGCAUCCAGAGGCUGAAGAAGGGGCAGAGCAGAAGUCUGUCCCCACAUCCCAGCCCCACCCCCCAAAAAAGGAUGCAGUCUGUUUUUCGUUGUUGUUGGGCGUUUUCUGUUCGUUUGUUUUAUGCGACUCACAGCAACGGCCACUCGCUGUGCCUCAGUGGGCCAGAACUGAUCCUUGAGUGGCCAGGCCCUCUUCCUUUUCCUCAGAGCCCCUCACACAG